AGGCUCUUUUAACUUUUAUGGCCUGCAUAGUCCAAUACCUCCUGUCGUCAAAAAGGCGUACGGAGGGAAAGAGGAAAAGCUUUGGUACUGCGAUUUCCGCGAUUUGGAGCAUUCCUCGAUCAAGCGGAUCUUUCCAUAGAUGAGAAUCCUGCAAUGGCUCAUUUGGUCAGUUCUGCUGACUGGUGCAUUUGGAGUGGGGAGCAAGCUAUCGUUGGUUUGCUCGGGAAUCAGUCAGGGAAUCCCCGGUCGUGUGAGCCUCUUUUUCCUCUCACGGGAGCCGCUGAGUGGCGAACCCACGGGCACCGUAAAGGUCCGAGAUGCCGCAGGAGUGAUCUAUGAGCAAGAAUUUGCGGCCGCGCGUAACGUGGAUCACCCCACGGGUAUCAGUUCAGAUGCCACUUUGCAGAGCAUCACCGGCUGGAUUCGUGACACCUUCCGUGGAUGCACCGGAAAGACCGGCUUGCUGCUGGACCUGGAUAGCUCGACCAGUAUCACUUGCUACACGAGAUAUCCGGACAUGGCACCUUUGGACAAGGCGACAGACGGAUCAAGCUUGCACGUGGUUGCCUUGGGCGAAGUGGAUCCAAAUCGGAACGACAUCAUCCCUGAUGUUGCCCCAGGGCCUAUUCGAAGUAUCUGGGCCAUCGCGCUGGAUGGCAUCAGUCCAGGGUGGUUGGGCCUCAGUCAGCAACUGGAUCCCCCUGCUGCGAUGGUGCCGUGUCCUGAUGCCAUCAUAAGGCAGCAGACCAGAGAUGAACGAGUCAUUCAUCCUUGCUCACUUGGCCGCACUGGUCGCUGGAUUUGGUUCCAAGUUGCCCCAGCAGAGGGCCGCCAGGAUUGUGCUAGCCCGCCAAACAAGAACAUUAAGCGUUCAACCAUCAGAGAUGACAAGGUCCAGGCCUUUUGCAGCAAUGUCCCGGACGGCUUUGUUUGUCCGGUGCGCUGUGAGCGGAACCGAGCUCCCACAGGCAUUGUGCGAUGCCUCAAGGGCAAAUGGGUGGCCUCUUUGAGAUGUCGCACCCCAAGACAUGCUUGCUUGGCACCCUUGAAGACCGUGACGGUAUCCAGCGCCAAUGGCCAAAAUAGUUGGAACAUUCAGGGCAUUGUGCCAGAUACGAAGGCCGACUGCGACCUUUUCACGCGCCACGGGAAGAAGUGCGCAGCGACUUGCAGUGGAGGUAACUUUGGCAGUGGACAGGUCAAGUGCCAUGGACGCUGGGGAAAAUUUCAAUGGAGCUAUAACGACUUGGCCACUUAUGAAGGGCCACUUGCCAAUGGAAUCUUCGAGGCUCGGAACAAGUUUAAAUGCAAUUCGCCCAGUCUGGACACGCUCUUUCCCCGCCCCUUGAUCAGCACAUUGGAGACACAGGCUGCCGAGGAGACCACCAUCAAGAUCACUGCAGUGGUUCCUCGCGAACCUGACAUCGUGCGUUCCUGCAUCACCACGUUCUACUUCAGAGAGGUGACUGGACGGAUGACAUGCACAACUGAGCGGUCACCGACCAGUGUCUCCCAGUCCACGUCAGACUUCGAAGCGGAUGAUCCUGAGAACAACGAUGAGGACCUCACCGACCCGGAAGUUUGCGCGAACGAUGAGUUUACCCAGCAGGACUUUUGUUUGAACGGUGGCUACGAUGGCCUUUGCUGGCGAUGCCUGGCUUCAGAGCUCACCACCCGGGACCAGUGCUGGCGCGGGCGGACAGGUGUCCAGUCUGGACAAAGUUGCGGAGUCUUGGCCGUGGCAGGCGAUUUCUACACGUGCCGCUUUGGUGGAUUUACCCAACCGCAACAGUGCUUUACAGCUCCACCUUUGGGAUACUGCGUGAAGAAGAUCUGUGCUUAUCAAGGUACCACCAAGUACUGUACCGAGUUCGAUCCACCCACCUUUGGACCAUUCUGCGUUGGCGAUGAAACUGGUGCCAACAUUGAUCACGCAGUCAUCAAGUACACCUGCUGUGAUCACAACGUCAUCACCUAUACUGGAUACUGCAGCGGUGGGGUGCCAGAGGCUAUUGCCAAAUAUGAGAUCAUGGUGGGCGCCAAGAACGAUGCCGGCACAUCUUGGAGUUUGCCCGUGAGCAUCACCUGCGCAGAUUUGCAUAUUUCCGGGCCAGAUGCCGUCAGAUAUGUCAUCCCACAGAGUUGCUCCGGUUUGUUGCCUGGGGCCACUUGCAAAGUCACCUGCGGUGAAGCCUACAUCACCCAGUCGACGGAACCCAAAGGCAUUUUCACUUGCCAGAACGGUAAGAAUGAGCAGCCCUUUGGAGAGCUUCCUGUUUGUCGACUGAAGCCGGGCGGCGGUGGCAAGAUCAUUUGUGGUCCUUCAAACCCGGUCAGCACCACCACAACGACCACUGCGGCGCAAUGUGCCCAGUGUGCAGCCUUCCGUAAAGGAUGGAAGAAUUCCGCUUACACCCAAUGCCGAGCUUGGGGAGAUCCGCACAUCUCAAAAAGCUGGAGACAGAAGAAGAAGUUUAAUCACCAAGGCACGGGAGUCUUCCGCUAUGCCACCAGCAAUGCUUGUGCCGGGGGAGACUUUGAACUUCAAGCUUUCCAAUGCCAAUACAAGAGCACGCGGAACUCCGUCAUCACCAGUGUGAAAGUGCAGUUCAACGGUGGCGACAAGGUCUUCAUCACGGAGAACUCGAUCUCCCUCGAUGGCUCACCAGCCGUGGAGCCGUCGGAUGCGAUUCACAACGACAAGGCCGGCGUCAACAUCCACAGCGAUGACAAGUGCAUGUUCUUGCACGUGAAUGUGAAGAAGAUGAGCCGGAACCCAGGUUUCAUGCACAACUUUAAGCUCCUGGUUUGGGAGGAGGAUCUCACGGCGGAGGGGAUUUGUGGAGCACAAGAUUUGAAGAACGAGUAUGUGGCGCCAGAUAGUGGCAAGAUGCUCUUCACUCCACAGCAACACACCGAUCUGUGCAAUCAAUGUAUCAACUCAGGUGGCAACGCUCCGCAGGGCUGUGUCACCAGCAAUCCCCCACCAACAAUCAGCUUCAAUUGUGAUUUUUUGGCGCCUCUGGAUGGUCGUGAUACAGAGUGCAAGACCAGUGAUCAUGCGCUUGUUUCUUAUUGGCAGACCUUUGGUGGUGGCAAGAACUGCGUGGUGUACACAAUGUUGAGAAGAAAGAAGAGCUGCGGCGAGUACUGCCGAGAAAAAGGUUCAGAAUGCGUCGGUAUGGUGGAUGAUCCCAACUCUCAUGAUUGCACGCCGAAGAACAAGAAGGAUCUUGGGUGCAGCACCAAGAGAUACAAUGACGCGAUGUGCGUUUGCAAGAUUCCUAGCCUGAAUGUGCCUGGUGCCGCAGUGGUGGAAGCGUGCCAAAACUCAGAGGAUGGCUUGACUGUGGCGCAAGCAGAGGCCAUGUGCAAGGUGAUUCUUGCUUUGGUUCCCGCUUUUUGGCCAGCGCGGAACUUGGAGCCAAACGCUGUCGUCACUGAAGAGGAAGAGGAUAUGGAUAGCUCCCUGGAGGACUGCAUGAUCGAUGUGUGCAGCUCUGGUCCCCUGGACCGUCCGGCCAUCAUCGACAACUUGCGGACAGAGCUCUCCGGCUUGGCUGCCCGAGGAUGCUCCUUCGUGAAUGGUUUGCAAUAUGAGCUGGGUCUUGAUGCCUAUCCCUGCAAUUGUGGAGGAGUCAACUGCGAGGAAGGCCAAGCGUGUUUGAUCAACGGUCCCGGCGGUCCCAGCUGCGCAGCUGUUCCCACCACAAUCACGGUGACCACGAUGACCGACACGGUCACUUCCACGAGUGAGAGCAGCACCUCCUCCACCUAUACAACCUCUUCCACCACGUUCACCGUACCGCCUUUGACCACCUUAACCUCUACCAGCACUUCGCGAACCAGCAGCACCACCACAACCAUGAGUUCAACCAGCACUACGUCCGCCAGCUCCACAAGCACCUUGACCACCACCACCAAGUCCUCGACGACGUCUGUGACUUCCAGCAGCACCACGAGCAAGACCUCCACGCAGACCUCCAUCACAGUCACCAGCACCUCCAAGACCUUGACGACUUCGAGCGUCACAAGUACCAGCUCCGUGACCUUGACCAGCACAUCGAGGACUACUACCAGCUCCACCUCUGAAACGUCCACGAGUAUCACCACCACCGGGACCACGGUGACAGACACCGUGACCUCCAUCACACGGACCUGGACUGACACCACCAGCACACUGACCUCCUCCAGCUCAACAGCUACCACAGUGACCACGAGCAGUUUCACAGAGACAUCGACCAGCGCGACAGAGACCACGAUGACAACCUCCUCCAGCACGGCCUCCACGAUUUCAACCACUUGGACAAAGACCUCAACGACAACAAUGACCACCACUACGACCUACCCACUGUCCUCGUUCUGUGGCCCUUGGAACCCCGUGGGCGGCUUUGCCGAGAUCUCUUGGAAUGGUGGCGAUUUUCCUGCGUUAGCCUUUGAUGGGAACGGCUGGGAGUGGCGGGUUUUCUUGAAGAGCACCGUUGAAGGCAGCUUGUGGUUCCUGCUGCCCCAUUGCUUGGACAUCAGAGAGACGACUUGCCACGUCUACUGUUUGGAGCCUGGUGCCAGCUAUGAUGUUCGAGUGGAAUUGGUCGCCACGAUACCCACCGUGAGUGUCGCCGAGUGGCAACUCCUGGAUGUGGCCAUCGUGCCGCCGGCACGGGCAGACCCACCCGAGGAUUUGCAAGUGGUGGAACCGCAAUCCCACGCUUUGAUCAUUUCCUGGGCCGCUGCGGCCGAGCAGGGAAACUGUACCUUCCGUUCCUGGCGAGUGGAGAUCAAAGAUCCAGCUGGCGGUUGGCUGGUGGAUCCCCCAUCCUGUGCCGGACUCUCCAACUUCCAAGUGACCAGAUGCACACUGGCGAACUUGCCCUGCGAUACCGGCUACAUUAUCCAGGUGAAGCAGCAGUGUGACGAUGAGGAAUCAACCUCGGAUUGGAGUCGGCCAAUCACAGCCAAUACCUUGGUGGGUGGCGAUUGCGCUGAUCCAGCACAACAGCCACAGGGCUUGGAUUUGCAGGCCAAUGUUCAAUCGUCAGAUGGAGGCCGACGUCUCUCCACAGAUGUCAACUGCCAAGCUCAGGCUUAUGUGCUUCAGCUGGUUUGGUUGCCAGGUCAGCAAGAGGAUUCGCAGUUCUUGGUGUGGCACGUGGAGCUUUACAAGUUGACCAUUGUGGCUGGGCAAAUCGAUCGCAGCCAAGAUGUGCAGAUCCCUGAUGUUUGCAAAGGUUUACUGGACCGUGCCAACACGAGAUGCUUCGUUCCAGAUUUGGCCUUCGGCCUCUACAGCUUUGCGGUGCAAGAAAUCUCCAUGGUGCCUGCGACCAGCUCGCCUCUCUCGGCCACCAGUCUGCCUGUGUGGGUUCCGAGGCGCCGCGCAGCGGCCCCAGUGGCCGUCCAGCUCUCCGAGGCCACGGUGAGUGGCGCGCGCAUAGCCUGGAGCAACGCUGCACUCGAGGAUUGUAUUUUCACCCGGACCAAGGUCGAGGUGUCAAGUGCAGUCGAGGAUUGGUUUGAGCCUGAGGGUUGCCGCUACAUCUCUGAUCCUACCAGCAGCAGCUGUAGUGCCAGAGGCCUCCAGUCCAGUACCGCCUACAUCGCCCGUGUCUUGGUGCUUUGCGACGAGUGUACCAACACUCCAAGCUCCCAGCGGGUCGCUUGCCAGCCGGAGGAUGCUGAGACGGAUGUGUGUCGUGUGGCGGAAGGAGGAACUGCCGCUUGCUUCAAGAAGUUGAGUGCCUUCAGGGCUUCCAGCUGCUGGUCGGCCAGCAGUGGUCCGCUCACGACCUUGCCAAGGAAGCAAGCCGUGCCCACUGGUGGUGUUGUGACAGUGCCAAGCGACAGUGGCGUGCGGGUGAGUUUCUCGUGGAUACCAGGCGUGGGCUCUGCCAGCAACAGUGGCCUUCCCCCAGAUUGUAAUUCUCAGAACUUCCAGUUGGAGAUCAAAGCGCAAAGUGAGAGUGACUGGGGAAGCCCGGAAGGUUGCCAAGACUUAGCUUCCGACCGGUCAUGUACAGCCUUGAACCUGCAAUGCGACACGCUCUACGACGCCCGGAUCCGUGCGGCAUGCGUGCCUGCCGCCGCCAGCAGUGACUGGAUGGCAUUCCCAUCCUUCCGCACGGCCUAUGCAGGCAUUUGCCUUCGCCCAGCAUCACCUCCGCAGCUGCUGCGCGCGACCCAAACCUCCACCGUGUCGUUGGAGGUGUCCUUUUCCGCUGGGUCAGCUGGGGACUGCGUAUUCCAAGGCUUUGAGCUCCAGAUGCGCCAAGAGUCAGUGGAGACAUGGACCGCUUUGCCUUUGACCUCCGGCUCACUGCAGGUGCGUAGCGGACCGAGUUGUUUGGUCCAAGAACUCUCGGAGGGCACCGGCUACUACUUCCGCGCCAGAGAACUGUGCAGCAACGGUGCCCCCUUGGCGUCCGGCUGGGGCAACACCGAGGAAGCCCUCCGCACCACCUCUGUGCCAGUGGUGCAGCAGCCUAGCUUCAUUGACCCCCAGGGUUUCCUGGUUGGGCAAUAUGCACCACAGAGGUUGAUGCUUUUCUUCGACACCGACUUGGCCCUGGGCGACAGCUCUGUGGCGCUAAGCAUUUGCCCCUCUUUGCCGGGCACAGUGGCGGAUCCCGGUGCUUGCAACUGCGUGAGUGUGGCUGAUUGUGCCUCCAAAUGCGUGACCCGUGAUGUGGUGCAGGUCCUUUUGCAGAGCUCUCGCGUGGCCCUGGUGGACUUCGCCGAGGCCUUGCCUCGCCCGCUCACCUCCUGUCCUUAUGAUGUCAUCGUGGAGGAAGGCCUCCUGAAGACGCAGCUCACACCUGCCAAGCUCUCACCGAGGAUCACCUGGAGCUUCACCUACUCACCACCGCCGCCCAUCGGCAUGGUCACGCUCCACUCCAGUACGACCACUUCGAUGACGGUGCGCGUGACCUGGGACCGGCCCAUGACCGUCCGCUGCGGGGUGGCCUCGGAGGCAGCACCUGGAGGCAUCGCUCAACUGUCGGAGCCGGAGGACUUCACCGGAGCGCGGGACUUCGUGGAGGUGCCAAUCACCGGCUUGCUGCCAUUCACGCAGUACUCGGUGGUUUGCACAGGCGCAGCUAUUGGCGAUCCCAUCCUCACCUCAACAGUUUCCACCAAUGGUGUCUCCACCAAGAAGGACACGGAUGAUACGUUGUCCGACGUCACAUUGAACAUCAAGGCAGUCUGCAACGAUGAGUCAGAGACAGAGGUGUUCACGGCGCUCUAUCCGCCGUUUGACCCUACCAGUCGCAACUACCAGGUGACUCUCAAUGCUGAUGAGGUGCGUACCUGGUGCAGCCCAGAUGAGACCGAAGCAGUUUUGAGGGUCGAGGUGUUGGGCCAAGCUUCCAGUGCUUUUGCGUUGGUGCAACAGCCGGAGGUGCAAAGCAUGGUGCAGCAACUCUUAGAUGCAAAUGGAGAGCUGCCCCCCGAAGUGCCACGAAGCGCGAAUAUCCAGGUGGUGAUCAACGUGCACCCUGCUCAGACUGGAGACACUGCCCCUGCGCCGUAUACCAUCAAUUUCGUAUUAGGUGUUUUGGACGUGAGCACGGAGGUAGGCCAGUGGCCCUCAGACACCGUCACCGGCGUCAUCUCCUACGCCAACGCCCCCAAUGUGGCGACUUUCGAGAUUGCAGUGCCCACCUCGCUCAAUGCCAAUUAUAUCGGCCUUCGCCUGGGGCCAUAUGAGCAGACGGUGGUGCUGGCAAGUUCCCAGGCAAUUGUGGGCAGUGUGCCACCCAGGACACUGCACAGCUUUCGUGUGGACAAUUUGUGGGGUCUUGGAACAGAGUUGCCGCUGGUGAUCCAAAUCCAACCUCCUGCUGGAAACGUUCAUCCGACUUUGGACGUCUACACCGAUUACAACGCCAGCUUUGACCCUCCGACCGUCACAGACAUCGAGACAGAUCAAGAGAACGGCACCGUGUCGAACACUCAGAUCACCUAUCUCACUGUUUAUGGGACCAACCUCAUGGUGCCUCCCUCCUUUGGCGUUGAUGAGCACGUUGGGAUCUUCCUAUCACCGCUCCCCAACACUUGCAGCACCAACGAAUGCCAGGAGCGUGAACUUCAACGAUUGCUGAGCAGCGGUGCCCCGAACCUUUGCAUGGCCACAGUGGUUUCUGCCAAUACCCAAGAGACCAGCGUCUCAUGCUUUGUGACUCCAUCAGCUAGCGGCGCCCUGGGCUUGUGCCUCACCACGCGCCGGGGCUUUUUCUCAGAGCUCUAUUGCGCCGCCUUUGCGCCUCCAGGCCUCGUUCAGCCAGAGCAGGAGGAGGUCGUCGGCAUCGACCAGCCACUGCAAGACAUGUCCUCGCCAACUCCUUUCAUCAUUACAGUGGGUGGGGCCUUACCUCCUGAGAACGUCACACAGGGCUUUUUACAGGUUUGGGGCUCUCCCUUCGAUGUACCGCCGGUGAACAUCUCCAAUCCUGGCCCAGGCCAUGUGCCGCUUUGUUCUGACGCUGUGCGUAUCGAGAACCAGAACAACUCUUUGCUGUGUUACCGGAACACAAAUUUCAACGUGUCGGAGAUGAGCGCCAACCCCAAUGUAUUUAUCCAAACUGGCCCGGACCAAACCUCCUCGAACGUGCUCACGGGGGGCCUGACGAUCGGCAACCCGCAAAUCACUCAGAUCAUCCGCAGCCACGAAUUCGAGGUGGGCGAGAUGACGCUGACCGUGGAAGGCACUGGCUUUGGUACCAACGCCAAUGGGAACCUCGUGGUCUCGCUGGAGAGCUUCGGCCCGCGGACCCCGGAAGUGCGUGACAUUCGGCUGGCAGAGAACCUGGUUGAAGAAUUGGGUGCCCCUGAUUACGUGACGAACUGCCAGAUCGUGACCCACGAGGACACUCGCAUCGAAUCCAAGUGUGUCACCUCGGAAACCCAGAGUGUCUUGGGAGCGGAGGUCAAUGAACUUUUCUACAGGGAGAAAGUGGAGGAGGAGGGUGGUGGCAACGGUCGCCGACUUCAGCAGGAUCUGACUGAGUUGGCGCUGAAGCUCACCCCACUGCCCGUGGCCAUCACGGUCUCAUAUGAGCUGGACUGCACUGUUCUUGAAAGGCUUAACGAGACAUGUGGCCAGCGCCCACAGAAUCUGGGCACGCCUAUGGCCAGGGAAUGGCAGACGGUGCGCUUGAAGCCAUGCCCAGCCGGAGAGCAUCGGAUUAACUAUACAGGUUCGGAGUGCCUGCAAUGUCAACCAGGCAAAUUCAAGAGCGGUGUGGGGCCUGCUUUGCUUUGCGACUUGUGCGACCAGCGCUCCUGGAUGGGGCUUGCUGGUGCAGGAGCCUGCACUGUCUGCCCCCAGAACGAGGCAACAGGCUUCUUUGGCGCUACGGAGAUCGCAGACUGCGACUGCCAGGAUGGCUACUAUCGUUUGGGGGACAACACAACAGACUGGCGACUUGAAAGCAGCCACGGAGUCUGUGGUGUUUGUCCUACAGGAGCCAUUUGCGAAGGUGGUCCCACUUUGCCCUACUCGGCCGCAGGCUACUGGACUCCGGACAGGUUGAGGUUUUGGCCGUGCUUUCCGACCACCGCUUGUCUGGAAGGUAGUGACGAAGGCCCAAACUUGUGUCAAGAGGGUCGAGAACCAACCAGCGUGCGUUGUGGACAGUGUGCCUAUGGAAGCUAUGCGCAUAAUAGUGAAUGUCAUAUUUGUAGCACUGCCGACGACUUGAUCGCCUGGCUGGGCAUGUUCCUUUUCCCGAUCCUGAUCGUUUGUGUCUUCAUUCCGCUGAUUAUCCGCCACAUCCGAAGCAGCGAUAUGUCCCGAACAAAGAAGUCCAAACGUAUCAUGGCCCACAAAAGGAAGAGCAAGUUCGGUGGUUUGGGUGAUGUGGACCACGGGGAGUUCCGCAUGUUGCUCAUCAUGUGGACCUCCUUGCAGAUGCUGUGGAUCGUCUCGUUGAUGCCAUUGCAGUUCACCAGUUUUGCCGAGUCGUGGCUUUGGGGUCUCGGGAUGAGUGUCUUCGACUUCUCCAUCUUCAGGCCUCAGUGUGCUUUCCGGGCGUUCUCCUACUUCGUGAAGUGGCUCACGCAAUGGGGGCUGUUCUUCAUCAUGAGCGGGAUUUUAGCUGCAGUGAUGUUCAUCUACUGUGCAAGACAUCUGAAUCGACAUCACGAUCCCUCCUACAUCAGCAUGAGACAAGGCUUCCUUUGUACCAUGUCGGCCACGUUGAUGCUUCUCUUGCUAGUGCACCUGCGAGACGACCUGGUCUUCCUGCAAUGUGUGGACUGUGAAGAUGGCAAGCAGUGUUUGGCUGAGCAGCCCGUGAUCUAUUGUUGGGACUUCACAGACUGGGAAUGGACAACCAUGGCAAUCUUGUCCUCUUUGGAUCUGCUCGUGGUUAUCUUGGCAUCUCUGCCCAUCGUGGCCCUCAGCAUUUACAAAAGCUGGAAGUGGCAACAUGGGGAUGAGAUCGGGUUGUCCAAAGACUUCUUGGCUCCUUGGUAUGUCUUCUUUGCAGAAGAUUGGGUGCGGAGGCACCAAGGGUACAUCACGGAGGUCAGAGAGGCAGUGCCAGAGUUUGAGCAAGCCUACAAAGAUCUCCAUGCCGAGGGCUUGCAUCUGGACGCUUGGAGUAAAGCCAUUGAUAUCAUUUUGGCCCAAGAAGCGGAGAAGGCAGAGGUGCUCUUGCGCAAGAUCAUACGACACUUGUAUGCGCACCACCCUCGGUUCAGUGUCAUCGACGAAGACGAGGGCCCCACCUUUCAAAUCAUCCGAAACCUCGUGAGGUCUUCUGAUCCGGCGCCUGUGGAUGAAGACCAUGACCGGACUUUACACGUUUCGGAUGUCCAUCACAUCACGAUUGCAUUGUUCAAUCUGCUGGACACUGCAAGGCACACAGUGGCUGGUGCCCGAAUAAUCAAACGAUGGCUGGCUUAUAGCUGGAGCUUUAUGUUGCUGCUCUUCCGUUUUGCCAUCUUGCUCUUUGCCAUGCUGAUGCGACGAGAUCAGAAGAGUCAGGUGCCUUUGCCCUACAUGUUGACCAACCUGGCGUUGCUCAUCUCAGAGGCGACCGUACAGCCGUAUCAGUGGAACUACUUGAAUGAUUGGGAGUUAACCGUUCACACGCUGAUCUACGUGUUUAUGUUAUUCGUGCACUCCGAAUGGUCAGAUGUGGCCAGCGAUGUUUUGCUGGUGGUGGCCACGGCAGCUGCCAUCCUACCGGUGAUCUUGCGGAUCAUCGUGAUGUGGUGGCUGAAGGACAAGAGCGAGGAUCCUACUCACAUGACGGUGAAGGGCGGUGAGGCGUCAUACCACUUGAGCCAACUGGUGGAUGGUGGAGGCACCCGAUCCCUUGGAGUCUCCACCACCACCACUGAGAGUAUCGUGAAUUCUGGUACCUUGGAGCACGUGAGGAAGAGCAUUGAAUUAGUAAAGAAGAAGCAAACAACGGUGGUCGAGAAGACCUAUGACGACUGGGGUCAGGUGGUUGAGCGAACCAUCCAAACCGAGGAGACCGAGACUGAGAACAUUGCAUACUCCUUGGACAUGACGAAGUCCAGGGUGGAGAAGGUGAUGCGUGGACAGCCCGACGAUCAUGAGCUGCAUGGUCUGGCAGCUGUUCCCGAAGACGAUGAGCCGCAUGUCAUCGAAGUGGGUGAUGAAAGCAUCGACUUUGCUGACUUUGUCGCCCCUGGUGAACAGAUUUACAGCUCGGUUCUUUGAGGAAAGCCGAGCUGGGAGGUUGGCAACUGUUGCACUGCAGGCCGCUCUUCAUCAGCUCAGCCGCGUUGGCUGAACCUGGAAGGUUUUCAGUGUGCGAGAGCUGGGUUUUUUUGGACCUGCAGUGAACGUGUUUUUAAAUUUUGAAUGGAACCUUUUUGGCCCUGCACCUCGCAUCAUGGUAUGACGAAUCGGAUUGAAUUGAACCCGGAAGCGUU